AUGGUGAAGACAUACUCGCGUUAUGAAGCGCUAUCUUCAUUUGGCGUAAUCUCAUCCAAUAGCAAUGUCGCUUGGCUCCCUUCAAAUUCGAGCUCAACUGGAUUAGCAGUAGUGGGUGGUUUGGAGGAUGUAUUGCUAUGGGACAUCAAGAGCAGUACAUUGAUAGCUAGACUAGCGGAAUCUAGAGAAUUACUUCAGGCCAUAGAAGUCAGUCAGGUCUCUAUUGAUCCUACUAACCAACUUAUUGCUGCGGGCUACACAGAUGGAUCUAUCAGAGUAUGGGAUGUUCAAUCCAAAACGGUCUUGGUGACAUUCAAUGGACAUAAGUCGGCUAUCAGCAGUCUCAAAUUUGAUAAAUCAGGAACUAGAUUAGCCAGUGGUUCAAGAGAUUCAAAUAUUGUGGUAUGGGACCUAGUAGCGGAAGUGGGUCUUUAUAGACUAAGGAGCCACCGUGAUCAGAUCACAAGCGUUGCAUUUCUCGGGGGCGGGGAGUCUGUCGACGAGCCAUAUUUAUUAAGUACCAGUAAAGAUGGAAUGAUUAAGCUAUGGAGUUUGGAUAUACAACACUGUGUAGAAACGCACGUUGCUCAUCGCGGUGAGUGCUGGUCUAUGGGGUUGUUGGAAGAGCAGUCAGCAACUAUUCCAGACGAAGAUGGAAACGGAGACAAUUCAGAAACAGAGGUUACUGCAGUUACAUCUGGUGCUACAAAGGACAUAAAAUUCUGGUCAAUAAAUUUGGCCGCUGAAGAUGGCGAGAAGGUUGUUGAGAUUGGAACUUUACCUAAACAAAGUCCCGAACGUGGCUUGGGUCUCAAGUACCAUUCCAAUGGCAGAUUCUUUGCCAUUUCCAACUCAGAUAAGUCUGUUGAAAUCUGGAGAAAACGGUCACUCCAAGAAAUCAAGAAAUCAGUUGCCAGAAAACAGAAGAGACGGAAGGACAAGGGUCUAGAGGCCGAUCCUGCUAUCAGUGAAGACAAUAUUCUCGAAAAGUAUAUUCCAUUUACCAUUAUUCGUACAUCUGCCAAGGUGAGAAACUUUGAUUGGAUUGACCACUCGCAAAAUAGAGGGUCUGGUGCUAUUUCGAUCAAGUCAAGUUUAGACUUGGUAGUCAACUUGUCUAACAAUUCGAUUGAGUAUUAUUCUGUUGUUUCCGACGAAUCUUCCACCAAAAAAGCAGGUCCUGCUGAUUAUACUAGAUCAUAUGCUAUCGAUCUUGCUGGCCACCGUUCUGAUAUCAGAGCUUUGUCCAUAAGUUCUGACAAAAAAAUGGUUGUCAGUGCUGCGAAUGGCUCCUUGAAACUAUGGAAUAUCAAAACAAACAACUGCUUGAGAACUUUCCUUGAUUGUGGAUACAUUUUAUGUUGCAGUUUUCUGCCAGGAGAUGCUCUGGUUGUGACCGGAACUAAAGAGGGAACCCUUGCAUUAUACGAUAUUGCUAGUUCAUCGAUACAAGAGGAGCUUACUGAUGCCCAUACAGGUGCUAUUUGGUCACUGGAUAUUAGUGCCGAUGGUAAAACUCUUGUCACAGCCAGUGCCGAUAAAACAGUUAAAUUCUGGGAAUUCCGCAUUGUCCAGGAAGAGGUUCCAGGUACGAACCGCACAUUUAACAAGUUAAAGCUAAAACACACGAAGACAUUGGAGCUGACAGACGAUAUUUUGGCAGUUAAGCUCUCUCCUGAUUUUAAGCUUAUUGCUUGCUCAUUGCUGGAUAACACUGUUAAAGUAUUUUUCACAGAUACUCUAAAAUUCUUCCUCAAUUUGUAUGGUCAUAAGCUCCCAGUACUUUCUCUGGAUAUUUCCCACGAUUCCAAACUCCUAGUAACUUGCUCAGCUGACAAGAAUAUUAAGAUAUGGGGUCUUGAUUUUGGUGAUUGUCACAAGUCUCUUUUUGGACACCAAGAUAGCAUUAUGAAAGUUCUAUUUGAACCAGGAACUCAUAAUUUCUUUUCGGCAUCUAAGGACAAAACUGUCAAAUACUGGGAUGGUGACAAGUUUGAAAAUAUUCAGAAGCUAGUAGGUCAUAAGUCUGAAGUAUGGAGUCUUGCUAUUGCAAAUGAUGCUAGUUUUGUAGUAUCUGGCUCUCAUGAUAAAAGUGUUCGAAUUUGGGAGCUGACAGAUGAGCCAUUAUUCUUGGAGGAAGAAAGAGAAAAAGAGUUGGAAGAGCUUUACGAGGCUACUUUAACCAGCUCAUUGGAAGAUGACGAGAAACCCCGUGGAGAAGGGGAAGAUGAAGAAGAUCUUAACGAAGUUGAAAGAGCCGGUAAACAAACAAUUGAGACACUAAAGGCUGGUGAGAAGCUCAUGGAAGCCCUUGAUAUUGGAAUCGAAGAUCUGAAGCAACUCCAGGAACAUGAGCUAAAUCUUAAACAGAACCCUAAAGCGGCACCUCCAGUUCGUAAUAUUAUUCUCAAAACUCUUGAUGUUUCGGCCGAAAGAUAUGUUAUGGAUGUGCUUCAGCGUAUCAAGCCAAGCCAGCUUGAAGAUGCUUUGCUUGUUUUUUCCUUUGACAAGGUUAUCUCUCUCUUCAAAUUCAUUGAAAUAUGGGCUCUCAAACAGUGGAAUAUUCCUCUUCUCUGUCGUGUUUUGAUGUUUACACUGCGCACAUAUCAUAAACAAAUUGUCGCCAAUAAUGUCAUGAGAACCAACUUGGAAACCCUUCGCAACAAUCUUCUCACCGCUCUUGACAGAUCGCGACAGCAGAUGGGUUAUAACAUUGCUGGUCUGAAAUACAUUAAACAGAACUGGGACAUCUAUCAUACAAAGGAGUUUGUUGAUGAAAAGGAAUAUCAAGAGAAUCAAGACAGACAACUCAAAAAGAGAGCAUUCACUACUGUCAACUAA